CAUAUUGUUGCAGUUUGCUUGUUUAUUAGGAAACUUGUCCUUAGAUCACGUACUUUAAUCUCUGAGACAAAAUAAUGUCGUACGGUGGAAACACGCCUCAUCAACCCCAUGAUCAACCUAUUCGUAAUCAUCAUCCUUUUUCAUCAAAAUUCAAAUCCAACAUCAUCAUUAAACAUCUAACAUCAUCCUAUCCAUUCCGGUACAUUCCUAAUGAUUCCUCUUGGCGAUGCUUCCUCUUCCAGACAGCACGCGAAAUCCAUACCCGACCCAGACAAGCCCCAACUGAGCGAAAUCCAUUCCUCGAGUGGUUGGCAAGUUUGAUUGGUACCACUACGACCACUGCAGCCCCUCCACUAACACCAGCCACCAACUGUGCCUCCUGCAAAUGUGGUCGUACCAACAAGGCGACUCGAAUCGUGGGCGGAACGGAAACCGCUGUCAACCAGUAUCCCUGGAUGACGAUGUUACAGUACGGUGGGACGUUCUACUGCGGUGGGUCGUUGAUAUCCGAUCGGCAUGUCCUGACGGCGGCCCAUUGUGUACACGGAUUCAACGCGUCCAAGAUCAGCGUGGUGCUGCUGGAUCACGACCGCUCGAGUACGACUGAAGCGGAAACGAUUACGGGUAAGGUGUCCCGCGUGAUUAAGCACAACGGAUACAACUCGAACAACUACAACAGUGAUAUUGCCGUGUUGGUUUUGCAGAAGCCAGUUAGCUUCAACGAAAAACUAAGACCCGUGUGCUUGCCAGAUAUGAAGAAGUCUUUUACCGGAUACGAUGGACUAGUGACGGGAUGGGGUGCAACCUCGGAAAACGGUCAGGUCUCGGUGAAUCUACAGGAAGUCAUGGUACCGAUCAUGUCCAACGCUGAUUGCAAAAAGUCUGGAUAUGGAGAUAAGCGAAUCACGGAUAAUAUGCUGUGCGCAGGAUUUGCCGAAGGCAAGAAGGAUUCUUGCCAAGGUGACAGUGGUGGUCCACUACAUAUUAUCAACAAGGAGAAAGCGGCGGAAAACAUUCACCAGAUUGCCGGAAUCGUAUCCUGGGAGUGUGGUCGCACUAACCAGAUCAAGAGAAUCGUCGGUGGAAUGGAGACGCGCGUCAACCAGUUUCCGUGGAUGGCCAUCCUUAAGUAUGGGGACUCGUUCUACUGCGGCGGGUCGUUGAUAACUGAUCGACACGUCAUGACGGCCGCGCACUGCGUAACUGGAUUCAACCCGAGGCGGAUCAGCGUCACCCUUCUGGACCACGAUCGCUCGACGGAUUCGGAAUCGGAAACCAUUACCGCCAGAGUGGAGCGUGUCAUCAGGCACCCAGCGUACAAUCCAGGCAACUACGAUAACGAUGUCGCAAUCCUUAAGCUAGACAAGGUGCUUGAAAUGAACGAUAGAUUGCGUCCGGUGUGUCAACCUACUUCCGGAGAAUCGUUUGCCGGGGAAAAUGGAACCGUAACCGGAUGGGGUACGACCUCGCAAGGGGGUGACGUGUCCAACACGCUGCAGGAAGUGAUCGUACCGAUUCUGUCGAACGAAGAUUGUCGCAAGACGGCGUACGGAGAGCGGCGUAUCACUGACAACAUGCUGUGCGCCGGCUAUCCCGAGGGUAUGAAGGACUCGUGCCAGGGUGACAGCGGAGGUCCGCUGCAUGUGACAAUGGACGGCGAAAUGGAGUCCGCCGAGAGCAUCUACCAGAUCGCGGGCGUUGUUUCCUGGGGAGAGGGUUGUGCCAAGCCGGACUAUCCCGGAGUGUACAGCAGAGUAAAUCGGUUCGAGGCGUUCAUCUCGAACAGUACUAUUGAUGGGUGCUACUGUACUCAGUAAACUCAUCAUACACUUGCAAAAUUAUUUAUUUAUCACAAAAUACAUUCCAAAUAUACAUGAUAUCUGA